CCAUAAAAAAAAAAAAAAAAAAAAAAAAAAACAUUUGUCUAGAGAGGGAUAUGGAAGUAUCGAGGCUACCGUUAUCGGCGACGCAGAGAGGGAAGCUAAUAUCGGCAGGCUACACUUCUAUCUCUUCCCUUUCUUCUGUCUCCUCUUCAGAUCUUGCACGUGAUCUGAAAAUUUCAGAUGGAGAAGCUCUUGAAAUUUUGAAAGUUGCAUCACAUAGCAGUAAGCUGGACAGGGUGGAAGGAAGCCACGCUAUUAUCAUUGGUGCUCAGAAUGCUUGGGACAUGCUUCAUGAGGAGCAGUCCUUGGUACGCAUUACUACAUCUUGUGCAGAUCUAGAUAACAUCCUUGGUGGAGGAAUAAGUUGCAAAGAAGUGACAGAAAUUGGUGGAGUGCCAGGCAUAGGUAAAACACAGAUGGGGAUUCAACUUGCAGUCAAUGUCCAAAUUCCACCUUAUUGUGGUGGCCUGGGCGGACAGGCAAUUUAUAUAGAUACAGAAGGUAGUUUUAUGGUGGAGCGUGCUCUACAGGUUGCUGAAGCAUGUAUAGAGGACAUGUCAGAAUAUAGUAGGUUCUUAAGGAAGGAUUUGCAAACUUGUCACGUGGGGAUGCAAAGCAAGGAUAUUUUGAAAAAUAUAUAUUACUUUCGUGUUUGCAGUUAUUCAGAGCAAAUUGCCCUGACUAAUUACUUGGAAAAUUUUAUUUCAGAAAAUAGAGAUGUUAAAAUCAUAAUAAUUGAUAGUAUUACUUUCCACUUCCGCCAAGAUUUUGAAGAUCUAGCCCUCAGAACACGGGUACUCAGUGGAAUGGCCUUAAAGUUGAUGAAGAUUGCAAAAGAUUUCAGCCUAGCGGUAGUUCUAUUGAAUCAGGUAACUACCAAGCACACUGAAGGUUCUUUCCAAUUAGGUCUUGCACUAGGUGAUAGCUGGUCGCAUUCUUGCACAAAUCGGGUUAUUCUGUACUGGAAUGGCAAUGAGAGAUAUGCAUACAUUGACAAAUCACCUUCCCUUAAAUCAGCAUCAGCACCAUAUUCGGUCACCAGUAGAGGAAUCCGAAAUUCUACUUCAAGUUGUAAACGUGUUAGAAUGAUGUAACAGUUUGAUUGGGUUCAUGGACAGAGAUGAAAAGGUAAACAAAAGUUAUGGAUUACUAUUUGAUAUGCAAUACAAAACCUCCUAGCCAACUUAAACGAGUUAUCCUAGUUGAAGUACUAAAUUUUAACCACUCAUUGCAGUAGAUUUUCUACCUUUUUAGAAAAUGUUUAUUUGUUGAAGCUGAUGUUAAGGUUGGUGACCUUUCAUUCUAUUCGCCUCUUUGUAAAUUGUAAGUCAGUGCUGAGCAGUCGUAAUUGGAGGGUUUGACUGGUUUUUGUUUGUUGCUUGAAAUGCGGAUGUAUCAGCAAAACUAAGCAAUAAUCUUUUUUAUUUAUUUGUUGAGAGAGAAGAAAAGUUGAUCAUUAA